AUGGGAGGCGUAGACAAUGAAACCUGGUGGCAACUAUGCCUUCGACGACUGAGCCUUUCCCAUCGUUUUCGUCACCGCAUUAUGUGUGUCAAGCGGCACGAGUUUAAACCUAACCUUAUGCCGACGUUGUCGUGUAUAAAAGCGCUAUGCACACAUGGCCAAUAUGGAGGCUAUGGUCCCUAUGGUGGUAUGUAUCCGGGUGGUAUGUACGGUCCUUAUGGUGGUGGUAUGGGACCUUACGGAGGCAUGGGCCCUUAUGGAGGCAUGAGCCCUUAUGGAGGCAUGGGAUAUCGAGGGAUGUACGGUGGAUACGGUAGAGGAAUGUACGGUAGACGCAUCAAUCCACUACAAGGAGCCAUGAUGGGUGCAAUGAUGGGUGCAAUGAUGGGAUAGAUACUAAGUUUUUUAUAUGCAAAGCAUUUAAUGAGAUCUCUAGACUUCAGAUUAUUGGGUGUUGUUGUAAGCCAAACAUUCUUCAACGCUUUUACAGUUAUUAUUAUCAGAAUAUAAUCAAUAAAGUAUGAAGGAGAC